AUGUCUACAUCUGUCGAAUGUAAACAUCGUUGUAUGCAGUCGUUUGUUUUCCUUGAUAUAGAAACUAACGGCCUUUUCCCAGUUGUUGCGAUGAAUCCAUUAGAUGAUCCUCCAGUUUUGGGUGGUGGACGAGAUUUGUUUCGAAUGCUACGAAAUUAUAUCAUGAUGACUAGUUCUCAUGAAGCUCCUUAUGUUACGGAAAUUAGCCUCCUGUCAGUUACGAGGAAGGCAAUUUUAUCUGGAAUUGCAAAAAUGGACUCUUUAGUGAUUGAUGAUGAGGCAAAUGACCGAGAAGCACCUCAUCCUUCGUCAAAUAAUUUCCGAAUUCCAUGCAACAUCUAUGCUGCACAGAAAUUUUUAGUGUUUGUUUAUUCACAAGAAGAUUUGGAGGAUAAAAACGAUUUUGUGACAGAAUGGAAAGGAGUCAAACUUUUUCUUGAACAUGCACCGAAACCUGUUUGCAUAGUUGCUCACAAUGGAAUAAAAUUCGAUUUUCGUGUGUUAUAUGCAGAAUUUGAACGGAAUCUUCUACUAAGUAGCAAUCCUAUUCCUGACCAGGUUUAUUUUGUGGAUUCUUAUCUCAUGUUUCUAGAUUUAGAAAAAAAAUUGCAUGAUGAACUACGGACUGCUGUUCGACUUGGGGAUUGGAACCGAUUGUCCUCCACAGUGGAGAGUGAGAUUGGAUGUGAUUCUACCGAAGACAUACCUGCUAAAAGACAACUUUUUGCUGGAACAACAGAUGACCAUCCACUGAACAAUAUUAGAACAGCAAAGUGGUCACCAGCCAAAAAAAAGCGUAUUCGACCAGAUUUGUUCAAACGCUCCAGCAAAGGAAAUUGGUUAUUCAAUAAUCAUUUUUCUAUUGCUUAUUUUCGUGAAAAAGGCGCAUUCAAAUUGGAAUCCAUCUAUAAACAGGCAAAAUGUACGCCAUCCCUUACCUCGGUAUUGAAUGAUGAAUACGAUGCCCAUCAUGCUGUAGAUGACUGCGAAGCCUUGUUGAAAAUUUGCAUUGCUUAUGGGAGAGAGUUUAUAGAAUAUGUAGAAAUGAAUGCGGCAAAAUUCCCGUUUUAG